AUGAACUUGGUCCGUCGAAGAGUGCUUACUGAUGCGCUAUGCCCGGAAUGCAAGGUGCAGCCAGAGGACACGCAGCAUGCUCUUUGGUCCUGCCCGAUUCUACAGGAUGUGUGGAAAGUGAACUUUGGCAAGCUUGUGGCAAACACGAGCUCUAGCUCUAGUUUUCUUGAAGUUCUGGAACGUGCAACAGCAGACAAACCAUCACUGGAUUUUUUUGCUAUGACGUUAGCAGAAAUCUGGCAGCGUCGAAACAGGGCUCAUGUGGGAGAGCCUACUGUACCGGUCUGCCAGGUUGCUCCUAAGGCCACUAGUGCGCUUCAAGAAUUCCAGCAGCUCUGCCCCAUUCAUCCUGUGAUCCCAAGGACAGCCCGUGCAGUAAAAUGGAGGCCUCCUUUUGCGCCAUGUGUGAAGGCGAACUUUGACGGUGCUAUCUUCUCCCAAGAUGGACUAGCUAGCACCGAUGUGAUAAUUCGGAAUGAACAAGGAUUGGUUAUGGCUGCUUUAUCACAACAAAUUCCAUCACCUACUUCGGUGGAGAUGGUGGAGGUGUUAGCGGCUCGUUAG